CCUAAAAUUUCCCUUUUUCUCUGAUCCCUUGGCUUUCGGUUUCUUCUUAAACAAACACACCAAGUAAAGUCACCCACAAAAUCAAAACAACCAUAGCCUCCGCCCCUCUUAUAUAUCUCCGCUCCCUUUUUUCGCUUUCGGGUGUUUUCUCUUUCUGUUUCAUCGUUAUCUUCGAAAAUCUCUCUCGAAUUAUCUUGAAUUUCAUGCUCUAUAAUUUGGAUGUCUAACAAUCCAUCGAUUUUCUCCAUCUCCUUUCUCAGUUAUUGAAAGUAGAGAAGUAGAGGCGAGAUGGCGAAUAUAAGAUCGACUUUGCCUUCGAGGCUUCGCCAGCUUUUGUCUGGUGAAACCACCAUCACUCCUUAUAUCAAACUCGACUCUGAGCCCCCGCCUCAAAUUAAAGCAUUUAUUGAUAAUGUGAUCCAGAGUCCUUUACAGGAUAUAGCAAUACCUCUUUCAGGCUUUCGAUGGGAGUACAGUAAGGGGAAUUUUCAUCAUUGGAGGCCACUGUUUCUUCAUUUUGAUACAUAUUUCAAGACUUACUUGUCCUGUAGGAAUGAUCUUCUACUAUCAGAUAAAAUUCUAGAAGAUGAUAGUCCAUUUCCGAAGCAUACAGUUCUUCAAAUACUACGAGUAAUGCAAACAAUCUUGGAGAAUUGCCACAAAAAGAGUUCAUUUGAUGGCUUGGAGCACUUCAAGCUUCUACUUUCAUCCACUGAUCCCGAAGUUGUUAUAGCUGCAUUGGAGACUCUUUCUGCUCUUGUUAAAAUAAAUCCAUCUAAGGUCCAUGGUAGUGGUAAGUUGAUUGGAUGUGGCUCGGUAAACAGUUAUCUUCUGUCUCUUGCUCAGGGAUGGGGAAGCAAGGAGGAGGGAUUGGGCCUGUACUCGUGUGUAUUGGUAAAUGAGAGAUCUCAGGAGGAAGGGCUUAGCUUGUUUCCAUCAGACAGAAAAAAUGAUUGUGAUAAGUCUCAACAUCGGAUUGGGUCUAGCCUUUAUUUUGAAUUGCAUGGGCUCAAUUCUCAAAGCACCGAAGAAAGAGUUGGCAAUUCAUGUUCUACGAGAGUCAUACACAUUCCAGAUCUGCAUUUGCGGAAGGAGGAUGAUCUGUUGAUAAUGAAGCAGUGUAUUGAGCAGUAUAAUGUACCACCUGAGCUCAGGUUUUCAUUGUUAACAAGAAUUAGAUAUGCGCAUGCCUUCCGGUCGCCCAGAAUAUUCAGGCUGUACAGCAGGAUUUGCCUUCUUGCAUUUAUUGUGCUUGUCAAGUCUAGUGAUGCUAAUGAUGAGCUGACAUCAAUUUUUGCAAAUGAACCGGAGUAUACAAAUGAAUUAAUCAGGAUAGUGCGGUCGGAAGAAACUAUUCCGGGAAAUAUUAGAACUCUUGCAAUGCUCGCAUUGGGUGCUCAGUUAGCUGCAUAUUCAGCAUCUCAUGACCGAGCACGGAUUUUGAGUGGAUCAAGUAUUAGUUUUACUGCAGGGAAUCGGAUGAUCCUCCUGAAUGUGCUCCAGAAGGCAGUUUUAUCACUCAAAGGUUCCAGUGAUCCAUCAUCUCUCUCUUUUAUUGAGGCUCUUCUUCAGUUCUAUCUGCUUCAUAUCACAUCAUCCUCUGCAUCAGGGAGUAAUAUUAGAGGGUCAGGAAUGAUUCCAACAUUUUUACCUCUCUUGGAGGAUUCUGACCCAAAUCAUAUGCAUCUUGUAUACUUGGCUGUAAAAGCAUUACAGAAGCUAAUGGAAUACAGUAGUUCAGCUGUAACAUUGCUUAGAGAACUGGGUGGAGUGGAGCUUUUAGCUCAGAGGCUACAGAUAGAAGUGCAUAGAGCUAUUGGUAUAGCGGGUGGAAAUGAUAGUUCAAUGUUCUAUGGUGAAUGCUCUGGAUACAGUGAUGACCAUUUGUAUUCCCAAAAGAGGCUUGUCAAGGUACUUUUGAAGGCUCUUGGCUCCGCUACAUAUGCCCCUGCAAACUCCACUAGACUGCAAAAUACUAAUGAAAAUUCACUGCCUGGUACAUUGUCGCUCAUUUUUGGGAAUGCAGAUAAAUUUGGAGGGGAUAUUUACUGCUCUGCUGUGACUGUUAUGAGUGAAAUUAUCCAUAAAGAUCCCACAUGUCUUCCUGCACUGCUUGAUUUGGGUCUUCCGGAUGCCUUUUUGUCUUCAGUGUUAUCUGGCAUACUUCCAUCUUCAAAGGCUAUAACAUGUGUCCCAAAUGGCCUUGGUGCCAUGUGUCUUAAUGCCAAAGGCUUGGAGGCUGUGAAAGAAACUUCAGCAUUGCGAUUCCUUGUUGACAUCUUUACUAGCAAGAAGUAUGUGCUGCUGAUGAAUGAAGCAAUCGUUCCUUUUGCUAAUGCAGUUGAAGAGCUUUUGCGCCAUGUAUCUUCAUUGAGAAGCAGUGGUGUUGAUAUCAUCAUUGAAAUUGUAAAUAAAAUCGAUUCCUUUGGGGGCAGUAGUAGUCUCUCUGGGUCAUCAUCUCUGGAAAAAGUUAAUGAGAGCACUGCAAUGGAAACUGAUUCUGAAGAAAAUGGAAAUGAAGAGCACUGUUCUGUGGUGGAUUCUGUAACUGAAGGAAUCAGUGAUGAGCAAUUUCUUCAAUUGUGCAUUUUGCAUCUGAUGGUUUUGCUUCAUAGAACUACAGAGAAUUCUGAAACAUGUCGGCUGUUUGUGGAGAAAUCAGGAAUUGACUCACUUCUUAAGCUUCUUUUGAGGCCCAGUAUUGUAAAAUCAUCUGAGGGCAUGUCUAUUGCUUUACAUAGCACCAUGGUUUUUAAAGGGUUUUCUCAGCAUCACUCUGCUCCUCUAGCUCGUGCAUUUUGUUCUUCUCUUGGGGAACAUUUGAAGAAAGCUUUGAGUGGAUUUGGUUCAGCUUCAGGGUCCUUUUUACUGGAUCCCAAGUUGAAGCCUGUAGAUGGAGUCUUUUCUCCUCUUUUCCUCAUUGAGUUCCUUCUAUUUCUUGCUGCUUCUAAAGAUAAUCGCUGGGUUAGUGCUUUGCUUGCUGAACUUGGAAAUGAAAGAAAAGAUGUUCUGGAAGAUCUUGGUUGUGUUCAUCGUGAAAUUUUAUGGCAGAUCACUCUCCGUGAAGAUGCCAAGCUUGAACUGGAUGAUGAUGGUGCUAGUGCGAGUUCUGCCGAGCCUGAUUCACAGCAACAGGAAUCCAGUGCAACUGAUGUGGAAGAUCAAAGGUUGAACUCCUUUAGACGGUUCCUUGAUCCAUUAUUAAGGAGGAGGACACCAGGAUGGAGUUCUGAAUCCCAGUUCUUUGACCUCAUAAACCUUUAUCGUGACCUUGGACGAGCUAGUGGCUUUCAUCAGAGAUUGGGUAUUGAUGGUUUAAACACUUGGUUUGGAGCUAAUCAUUCUACUACAUCAAAUGCUUCUGGAACUGCCAACAAAAAGGAUUAUUACAAGCAGAGAUCUUAUCACACCUCUUGCUGUGAUAUAAUGAGGUCCCUUUCUUUCCACAUCACCCAUUUAUUUCAAGAGUUGGGAAAAGUGAUGUUACUUCCUUCUCAUCGUCGGGAUGAUACUGUUAAUGCAUCCCCUGCAUCAAAAUCUGUUGCCUCUAGUUUUGCCUCUAUCGCAUUGAGUCACAUGAACUUUGGAGGUCAUGUAAAUUCUUCAGGUUCAGAAGCAUCCAUAUCAACAAAGUGUCGUUACUUUGGUAAGGUUAUCGAUUUCAUUGAUGGUGUUCUCCAGGACAGGCCCGAUUCUUGUAAUGCUAUUAUAUUAAACUGCUUAUAUGGAUGUGGAGUUGUUCAAUCAGUUUUGACUACUUUCGAAGCUACCAGCCAAUAUCUAUUUGAAGUUAAUAGGGCACCAGCAUCUCUAAUGGAUAUGGAUGAUGGUAAUAUAAAGCAGGGUGAGAAGGAACUCGGAGAUCAUGCAUGGAUUUAUGGUGCAUUAGCUAGCUGUGGCAAACUUAUGGCUCAUCUGGUGGCAUCUUCUUUUGUUUUGUCUCCAUUCACUAAACACCUGCUUGUGCAACCACUUGGAAGGGGAGAUGUUCCUUUCCCAAGGGAUGCUGAAACUUUUGUAAAGGUGCUUCAAUCUAUGGUGCUCAAGGCUGUGCUUCCUGUAUGGACACAUCCACAGUUUACUGAUUGCAGUUAUGAUUUCAUCACUGCAGUUAUUUCUAUCAUUAGGCAUAUUUACUCUGGUGUUGAAGUAAAAGAUGUUUCCAGCAGCAAUAGUGCUCGUAUUACGGGCCCCCCUCCUAAUGAAACCACCAUAACAACAAUUGUAGAGAUGGGAUUUUCCAGAUCUAGGGCAGAAGAAGCUCUGAGGCAAGUUGGAUCUAAUAGUGUGGAGUUGGCAAUGGAGUGGUUAUUCUCACAUCCAGAGGAAACCCAGGAGGAGGAUGAACUUGCUCGUGCACUUGCCAUGUCUCUUGGGAACUCAGAGACUGACACAAAUUUAGAUGUUACAAAUGAAAGUAACCAGGAACUUGAAGAAGAGAUGGUCCAACUUCCUCCUGUUGAGGAAUUAUUGUCAACAUGUACAAAGCUUCUUCAAAUGAAGGAACCUCUAGCUUUCCCUGUUAGAGAUCUCCUUGUAUUAAUAUGCUCCCAAAAUGAUGGUCAAUAUAGAUCCAGUGUCAUUUCCUUCAUUCUUGACCAAGUGAGAGAUUCUACUUCUGAGAACAGAAACAAUUCUCUGCUUUCUGCCCUUUUCCAUGUUCUUGCUUUAAUUCUUUAUGAGGAUGUGGGGGCACGGGAAAUUGCCGCAAAGUCUGGACUGGUAAAACUUGCAACUGAUUUACUUUCUGAGUGGGACUCUGGUUCAAUAGACAAGAAGGGUCAACCUCCAAAGUGGGUAACGACUGCUUUCCUUGCUCUUGAUAGGUUACUUCAGGUGGAUAAAAAAUUGAAUGCUGAAAUUGUUGAGCAGUUGAAAAGGGACACUGUUAGUAGUCAGCAGACAUCUGUUAGUAUUGAUGAGUAUAAAAAUAGUAAGUUGCAUUCUUCAUUUGCAUCUGCAAGACAUAUCAAUCUUCACGAGCAGAAGAGACUGAUAGAGAUUGCUUGUAGUUGUAUAAGCAACCAGUUUCCAUCUGAAACAAUGCAUGCUGUCCUACAGCUAUGUGCUACUCUUACCAGAACCCAUUCUAUUGCCAUUUAUUUUCUUGAUGGUGGGGGUGUAAGUUCACUUCUUUCAUUGCCAACAAGUAGUCUUUUUCCUGGGUUUGAUAAUGUGGCUGCUACCAUUAUCCGUCAUGUCCUUGAAGAUCCUCAAACCUUGCAGCAGGCAAUGGAAACUGAGAUCAAGCACAGUCUUUCGGCUAUGGCUAACAGGCAUUCAAAUGGAAGGGUCAGUCCACGUAAUUUCCUUGCGAACCUAAGUUCUGUCAUUUCACGUGACCCAGUUAUAUUUAUGCAGUCUGUUAAGUCUCUCUGUCAAGUUGAGAUGGUUGGUGAGAGACCCCAUGUUGUUCUGAUCAAAGACCGUGAUAAAGAUAAAUUCAAGGAAAAAGAAAAUGAGAAGGAGAAAGCAUCCGACAAAGAUAAAGUACAACAAAAUGAUGGAAAGGGUAAUUUGUGCUAUGUGAAUUCAGCAGGUCCUGGGAAUGGGCAUGGGAAGUUUAAUGAUUCAAAUUCCAAGUCAGUUAAAAUGCAUAGAAAGUCUCCUCAAAGCUUUGUAAAUGUGAUUGAGCUUCUUUUGGAUUCAGUUAGUGCAUUUGUACCUCCCUUGACAGAUGAUAUCAGAAUAGAGGUGCCUGUUGAUGCAACAUCAUCAACCUAUAUGGAGAUUGAUGUUUCUGCCAGCAAGGGUAAAAGAAAAGCCAUUGCAACUGUGUCAGAGGAGAAUGAAGCUUCUGAGCAAGAUGUUUCUGCUUCACUUGCAAAGAUGGUCUUCAUCUUGAAACUUUUGUCUGAGAUUCUGUUGAUGUACACGUCAUCUGUUCAUGUGCUGCUCCGGAGAGAUGGUGAAAUUAGUAGCUGCAGAGCCCCUUAUCAGAGGAGCUCAGCUGCUUUAUCAAGUUGUGGAAUAUUUCACCACUUCCUUCACAAUUUUAUCCCAUGUUCCUGGAGUUCAAAGAAGGAAAGGAAAAUUGAUGGUGACUGGAGGCAUAAACUAGCAAUCAGGGCCAGUCAAUUUCUGGUUGCAUCUUGUGUGCGAUCUACAGAGGCCAGGAAGAGAGUAUUUACUGAGAUUAAUUGUAUUUUCAAUGACUUUGUUGAUUCCUGUGAAGGUUUCAAAUCUCCGAGUAGUGAUACGCUGACCUUUGUUGAUCUGUUGAAUGAUAUACUAAUUGCUCGUACUCCAACUGGCUCAUGCAUCUCAGCAGAAGCUUCUGCCACAUUUAUUGAUGUUGGUUUGGCUGCAUCAUUAACACGCAUGCUUGAAGUGUUGGAUUUGGAUCAUGCCGAGUCACCUAAAGUCGUAACAGGGAUCAUCAAAGCUUUGGAACUUGUAACCAAGGAAUAUGUUCAUUCUGCUGAUUCUUCUGCUGUCAAAGGUGAGAAUUCUGUCAAACCUGCUGAUCACAAUCAGUCCGGGGGAGAAGAUAAUAUUGCUGAUGCAUCACAUCCCAUGGAAAUGGCAUUUCAGUCCAAUCGUGAUGCUGUUGCAGCUGAUCCUGGAGAACCAGUCAAUACUGUCCAAAAUUAUGGUGGGUCUGAAGCUGUUACAGAUGAUAUGGAUCAUGACCAGGAUCUUAAUGGAAGUUUUGGUCCUGCUACUGAAGAUGACUAUAUGCGAGAAACUUCCGAGGAUGGAAGGGGUCUUGGAAAUGGUAUAGAAAAUUUGGGGAUUCAUUUUGAAAUCCAGCCCCAUGAGCAAGAAAACCUUGAUGAUGAUGAUGAUGAUGAGAUGUCUGGAGAUGAGGGGGAUGACGAUGACGAUGACGAUGACGAAGAUGAGGACCAUAAUGAUUUGGAGGAAGAUGAUGUACAUCACCUGUCUCAUCCUGAUACUGAUCAAGAUGAUCAUGAGAUUGAUGAUGAUGAAUUUGAUGAUGAAGUAUUGGAGGACGAUGAUGAGGAUGACGGUGAUGAUGAGGGUGGAGUUAUUCUAAGGCUAGAGGAGGGUCUCAAUGAAAUGGAUAUGUUUGACCAAAUUGAGGUGUUUGGCAGAGACAACAGCUUUGCCAAUGAAACUCUUCAUGUAAUGCCAGUUGAAGUUUUUGGCUCUACACGUCAUGAACGUACAUCUAUUUACAGUCCUUUGGGGCGCAGUGGUGAGAAUUCAGGCUCUUCAACACAUCCUCUUUUAGUGGGACCUUCAUCACUGCACUCAGCCUCUACAAGGCAGUCAGAAAAUUCCCGUGAUAUGAUUCAUUCAAACAGAAACUCAGACAGCACCUCAUCACGGUUGGAUACUAUUUUCCGCUCUUUAAGGAAUGGGCGUAACAACCAGCGUUUGAACUUGUGGGUUGAUGAGAGCCAGCAAAGCAGUGGGCCAAGUGCAGCUACUGUUCCACAAGGCCUUGAAGAGCUGCUUGUUUCUCAACUCAGGCGACCUGUCCCUGAGAAAUCUUCUGAUCACAAUACAUCUACAAUGGAACCUCAGACCCAUGGUGAAGGUAGUCAGUUACAGGUAUCAAGGCCUGGGGAAAGACCUGAGAUUCCUGUUGCAAACAACGAAAGUAGUGAAAAUGCUAAUGUGGCCCUAUCUUCUGUAGCAAUUGAUAGUUCUCUCCAUGCUGAUGGGAGACCUGCAGUUACUGCUUCUCUGCCAGGAACAGAUGCAUCAAACAUACAUCCACAAUCUGUUGAAAUGCAAUUUGAUCAGAAUGAUGCAGCUGUUCGUGUUAUUGAAGCAGUGAGCCAAGAAAGUAGUGGUAGUGGGGCUACUUUAGGGGAAAGCCUGCGCAGCCUUGAUGUUGAGAUUGGAAGUGCAGAUGGCCAUGAUGAUGGUGGAGAAAGGCAAGGUUCUUCUGACAGAAUUGCUGAUCCACAGGCUGUGCGUGCAAGAAGAACAAAUGUGGCUUUUGGGAAUUCUACUGCUGUUGGUGGGAGAGAUGUACCUCUUCAUAGUGUUGCUGAGGUUUCAGAGAAUUCUAGUCGAGAAGCAGAUCAGGAUGGUACAGCUGCUGAGCAGCAAAUGAAUAGUGAUGGUGGUUCUGGAUCAAUUGAUCCUGCAUUUUUAGAUGCUCUCCCGGAGGAGUUGCGUUGUGAAGUUCUUUCCGCUCGGCAGGGUCCAGUGGUGCAGCCUUCAAAUGCUGAACAACAGAAUUCUGGGGAUAUUGAUCCUGAAUUUCUUGCUGCCCUUCCCCCAGACAUACGAGCUGAAGUCCUUGCACAACAGCAAGCACAAAGGGUUCAUCAAUCUCAAGAACUUGAAGGUCAACCAGUUGAAAUGGACACGGUCUCAAUAAUUGCAACAUUUCCUUCUGAUUUAAGGGAAGAGGUUCUAUUAACAUCUUCUGAUGCUAUUCUUGCUAAUCUCACACCUGCCCUUGUAGCCGAGGCAAACAUGUUGCGCGAGAGAUUUGCACAUCGCUAUCAUAAUCGUAACUUGUUUGGGAUGUACCCUAGGAAUCGCAGAGGUGAAUCUUCUAGGAGAGGUGAAGGUAUUGGAUCCAGCUUUGACAGGAUGGGGGGAAGCAUUGUGUCACGCAGAUCUGUUUCUGCCAGGCUAAUUGAAGCUGAAGGCACCACUUUAAUUGGCCCAGAAGCUCUUCAAGCAAUGGUUCGGUUACUUCGCAUGGUGCAGCCACUGUAUAAAGGUUCAUUGCAGAAGCUUCUCUUGAAUUUAUGUGCCCAUAAUGAAACCAGAACAGAGCUAGUUAAAAUCUUGAUGGACAUGUUGACGCUUGAUAUAAGAAAGCGCGUCAGUUUUUCAAAUCCAAUUGAACCACCGUACAGGCUUUACGGUUGCCGGAAUAAUGUGAUAUAUUCUCGUCCUCAACAUUUUGAUGGAGUUCCACCUUUGGUGUCUAGGCGAGUUCUUGAAACUCUCACUUACUUGACUCGAAACCAUCCAUAUGUUGCUAAGAUCUUACUUCAACUUAGAUUGCCGUUUCCUACCCUAGAAGAGCUAAGAAAUAAUGAUCAGUCACGUGGAAAAGCAUUGAUGAUUGAGGAGCAAGAGGAAGGAAACAUUUCCAUUGCAUUGCUUUUGAGCCUUCUCCAUCAACCCCUGUACUUGAGAAGUAUAGCGCAUCUUGAGCAGUUGCUUAACCUAUUGGAUGUCAUCAUUGACCAUGCGGAAAGGAAACCUCUUUCAUCUGAGAAAUUGAAGGCGACUUCCACUGAACAGACACCUGCUUUGCAAAUUUCAAUGUCUGAUGACAUCAAUGCUGAGAAUCCUGAUGCUCCUGUGGCUGCUGAAUCACCUCUUAAGCCUGUUGAUUCAUCCACACCCUCAACAUCUUGUGCAAGUAAGGAAUGUGAUGCACAGAGUGUAUUGACCAAUCUCCCACAAACAGAGCUCCGGCUUUUAUGUUCAUUGCUUGCACGGGAAGGUUUGUCAGAUAAUGCAUAUAGUCUGGUGGCGGAGGUAAUGAAAAAGAUGGUUGCUAUUGCUCCAAGCCAUUGUCAUCUUUUUAUUUCUGAGCUAGCAGAUGCUGUACAAAAUUUGAUUAAAUCUGCCAUGGAUGAGUUAAAGAUGUUCAGUGAAGCUGUGAAGGCUCUACUCAGCACAACAUCUUCUGAUGGAGCUGCAAUAUUAAGGGUUUUACAGGCUCUAAGUUCUCUUCUUACCUCAAUAACUGAGAAAGAAAAGGAUCUUAAGCUGCUUCCUGAAAGAGAGCGUUCUUCUGCCGUUUCUCAGGUGUGGGACAUUAAUACCGCCUUAGAACCUUUGUGGAUAGAGUUGAGCACUUGCAUAAGCAAAAUUGAGAGCUAUUCAGAUUCUGCACCAGAUUUAUUAGCUACACCCAGGACUUCCACAUCAAGACAAUCUGGUUUAAAACCACCCCUACCUGCAGGCACGCAGAACAUCUUACCAUAUAUAGAAUCUUUCUUUGUGAUGUGCGAGAAAUUACAUCCUGCACAACCAGGUUAUGGUAGUGAUUUCGGCAUGGCUGUACUUUCUGAUGUUGAGGAUGUCAGCACCCCAUCUGGUGGCCAGCAGAAAACUGCUGCUUCUGUCUCAAAAUUUGAUGAAAAACAUGUUGCCUUUGUGAAGUUCUCAGAGAGGCAUAGGAAGUUGUUAAAUGCUUUCAUCCGCCAGAAUCCCGGGCUUCUUGAGAAGUCAUUUUCACUCUUGCUGAAGGUUCCUCGCUUUGUUGAUUUUGAUAAUAAACGUGCUCACUUCAGGUCCAAAAUAAAGCAUCAACAACAUGAUCAUCAUCACAGUCCUCUAAGGAUAUCGGUUAGAAGAGCUUACAUACUUGAGGAUUCAUAUAACCAACUACGGAUGCGGUCAACUCAAGAUUUGAAGGGGAGAUUGACCAUUCACUUCCAAGGAGAGGAAGGUGUUGAUGCUGGUGGGCUUACGAGGGAAUGGUACCUGCUGUUGUCCAGGGUUAUAUUUGACAAAGGUGCAUUGCUUUUCACGACAGUGGGCAAUGAGUCAACAUUCCAGCCUAACCCCAAUUCUGUCUACCAAACUGAACAUCUUUCAUACUUAAAAUUUGUUGGGCAAGUUGUUGGCAAAGCACUUUUUGAUGGGCAGCUCUUGGAUGUCCACUUUACUCGAUCUUUCUACAAGCAUAUCUUGGGUGCCAAAGUUACAUACCAUGACAUUGAAGCAAUUGAUCCUGAUUACUUCAAAAACUUAAAGUGGAUGCUUGAGAAUGAUAUUAGUGAUGUCCCCGAUCUUACAUUUAGCGUUGAUGCUGAUGAGGAGAAGCUAAUAUUAUAUGAAAGGACACAGGUGACUGACUAUGAACUGAUUCCUGGUGGCCGGAACAUUAAGGUUACCGAGGAGAAUAAACAUCAGUACGUUGAUUUAGUUGCUGAGCAUCGUUUGACCACUGCUAUUCGUCCUCAAAUAAAUGCAUUUUUGGAAGGCUUCAAUGAAUUAAUUCCCAGGGAAUUGAUAUCCAUUUUUAAUGAUAAGGAGCUUGAGUUACUGAUUAGUGGUCUUCCAGAAAUAGAUUUGGAUGAUAUGAGGGCAAAUACUGAGUACUCUGGUUAUAGUACCGCAUCACCUGUUAUACAGUGGUUUUGGGAAGUUGUUCAAGGGUUCAGUAAGGAGGAUAAAGCUCGACUUCUACAGUUUGUGACGGGCACCUCCAAGGUGCCUUUAGAAGGUUUUAGUGCACUCCAAGGUAUUUCAGGUUCCCAAAAGUUUCAGAUACACAAAGCAUAUGGUAGCUCUAACCACUUGCCUUCUGCUCACACCUGUUUCAAUCAAUUGGAUUUACCCGAGUAUCCAUCAAAGGAACAUCUAGAAGAGAGAUUGUUGCUCGCAAUUCACGAAGCCAAUGAAGGGUUCGGAUUUGGUUAAGAUAAUUAGAGUUAUAAUGUAGAUAACAUCUGAAGAUUGGGAUCUUGUUGGGUAUAAAAGGGACUUGAGAGCUGACUUUUGAACUGAUACAUGUUUAUAUUUUCUAUACAUCAACUAUUUGGAUGGCUCUGGCA